AUGAGACUGAGGGAAGAGAAGAGAAAGUUGAUAAGACUUGAUAUCUUGGUGUCAAAGGUGGAGAAUUAUUUAAAGAGAAGAAAGAUAAAGAAAAGUAGGGUGAAGGAACUAAAUGAUUGUGAAAUAGAAGAUAAUUUAGGUUCUUUCACAGACUUUCUCUCCACCUCCUUAGGAAAAUACGAAGUAAGGACAUCCAAUAAAAGUCAAGAGCUGGGAGGAAAGGAUGACUGGAGGGAAAAACGAGUAACUCAGAGAGGUGACUUAGAAUUCCAGCUUAUUAUGGAACGGGUGAAAGACUUGGUAGGGGGAGAAACAAUAAUACCUCCUGUGCUCAGAGCAGGGGCUAAUUCUGUCACCGGCUUGGUGGAAAACAAGAAGGCUCAACUGGUAGUGAUUGCACAUGAUGUGGAUCCCAUGGAGAUGGUUGUCUUCCCGCCUGCCCUAUAUUGUAAGAUGGGGGUUCCCUACUGUAUUAUCAAGGGGAAGGCCAGGCUGGGGUAUCUGGUCCACAGGAAGACCUGCACCACUGUCAUCUUCACACAGGUUAACUCUGAACACAAAGGAGAUCUGGCUAAGCUGGUGGAAGCGAUCAGGACCAAUUAUGACAACAGAUAUGAUGAGAUCUGCUGUCAGUGGGGAGGCAGUGUCCUGGGUCCAAAGUCAGUGGCUGACAUUGCCAAGCUGGAAAAGGCAAAGGCUAAACUGGCCACCAAACUGGGCUAA